UGCCCGCCCCGCGCCGCCCGCUGCCAUGUCUCGCUUCUUCCGAGCGCUUGGCCGCGCCGGCAGCGCCCGGGCGGGCGUUCCGGGCGUGGAGGAGGCGGACGCGUCCCGGUGGGGUUUGGCAGGCAUUCAGCUCCGUCCUUACCAAAUAGAAGGUGUAAAGUGGCUGGUGCAAUGCUACAAAGUCCAGCAUGGCUGUAUCCUGGGAGAUGAGAUGGGUCUUGGGAAGACUUGUCAGACUAUUUCUUUACUUCUUUAUUUGACAAAAAAAAAAACUGACAAGGAGAGAUUUCUGAUACUUUGUCCUCUGUCUGUUCUGAGCAACUGGAAGGAGGAACUGGAGAGGUUUGCUCCAGGUCUUUCCUUUGUGACAUACAUAGGCAGCAAGGAGGAACGAACCAAACUGCAGCAGAACCUGAAAGAGCAAUCUCACUUCCCUGUGCUUUUGACAACCUAUGAGAUUUGUCUGAAAGAUGCAGCAUUUCUAAAAUUAUUUAACUGGGCUGCCUUGGUUGUGGAUGAAGCUCACAGACUGAAAAAUCAAAGUUCUCUGCUUUACAGGACGCUCUCUGAGUUCUCAGUAGGCUUCACCCUGCUACUCACAGGCACUCCAAUCCAGAACAGCCUCCAGGAACUGUACUCGUUACUCAGCCUUAUUGAGCCUGAUAUCUUUCCUAGGGAACAAGUGAAGGAGUUUGUUGAGUAUUACCAAGGGAUUGAAAAGGAGAGUGAGCCAGCCAAAGAAUUGCACAGUCUUCUGCAGCCAUUUUUGCUUCGAAGAGUCAAAUCUGAGGUGGCUGCCGAGCUGCCAAAGAAGGUGGAAGUGGUUCUGUACCAUGGAAUGUCAGCUCUGCAGAGGAAGUACUACAAGGCCAUUUUGACUAAAGAUCUAGAUGCAUUUGAAAGUGAAACAGGAAGGAAGGUUACACUUCAGAAUGUCUUAAUUCAGCUUCGGAAGUGUGUUGCCCACCCGUACCUUUUCAAUGGUGUUGAGCCAGAACCCUUUGAGAUUGGAGACCAUAUUGUUGAAGCCAGUGGCAAGAUGUGCUUGUUGGAUAAGCUCCUUUCAUUUUUGUAUGCUGGUGGCCACCGUGUCUUGCUCUUUUCUCAGAUGACUCAACUGCUUGAUAUCCUGCAAGAUUACAUGGACUAUAGAGGCUACAGCUACGAGCGGCUGGAUGGUUCUGUUAGGGGUGAAGAGAGACACCUUGCCAUUAAGAACUUUGGUCAACAGCCCAUCUUUAUCUUCCUGCUGAGCACCAGAGCAGGUGGAGUUGGCAUGAACCUGACAGCAGCAGAUACAGUUAUUUUUACUGAUAGUGAUUUUAACCCACAAAAUGACCUACAAGCAAUAGCAAGAGCUCACCGGAUUGGACAGCACAAGCCUGUAAAAAUUAUCCGCUUGAUUGGGCGAGAUACAAUUGAAGAAAUAAUCUACCGAAGAGCUGCUUCUAAGCUCCGACUGACAAAUGCCAUUGUAGAAGGGGGUCAGUUUGCUCUGGGAGCACCCAAGCCUCAGGGAGCAGCAGAGUUACAGCUGAGUGAAAUCUUGAAAUUUGGCUUGGAUAAAUUGCUGUCCUCUGAGGGGAGUACUAUACAAGAUGUGGAGCUAGAAAACAUCCUUGGAGAGACAAAAGGAGGGAAGUGGGUAAUGGACGUUGUGCUACCAUGUGAAGAAGAGACUGAAGAGGAGGACACAGAGAAUCACAUGUAUGUAUAUGAAGGCAAAGAUUAUUCAAAAGAACCCAGCAGAGAAGACAAAAAAGCAUUUGACCAGCUUUUGGAUCUUCAAAAAGCCUUGACUGAAGAGGCCAGUAAGGAAGGGAGAGCUCUCCGGAACAAAGCAAACGCACUCCUCACAGGCCUUCGUGAGCAGCCAAGCAGGAGGAAGCACUUGCUGAGCACAGAAGAGCUGGAGGCUAGGAGGAAGAAGCGCCAAGAAGCAGCAGCAAAGAGAGCAAAGCUCAUGGAGGAAAAGAAGAAGGCAAAAGCAGAGACAGAACACAAGAAAAAGAUGGCUUGGUGGGAGGCAAAUCAUUAUACAUCUGCCUGCCUUCCUUCUGAGGAAAGUGACUCUGAGGAAGAGUUUGAGAAGGAUGAGGCUCGGCUGAAUGUGGAUUUAGAUUACGAAGAUGCAGACCUGAACUGUAUCAAAUAUGUCAUGGGAGAUGUCACCUACCCAAAAGCAGAAGAGGAGGAUGCCAUCAUUGUCCACUGUCUAGAUGACUCCGGCAACUGGGGAAGGGGUGGUUUAUUUACAGCUCUGGAGGCUCGUUCUGAUCAGCCAAGGAAAAUAUAUGAGAUGGCAGGAAAGAUGAAAGACCUGGAGUUAGGAGGAACCCUGUUAUUCCCCAUUGAUGAUAAAAAGUCCAGGAAAAAAGGACAAGACUUGUUGGCCUUGGUUGUGGCUCAGCACCGGGAUCGGUCCAACAACUUGUCUGGUGUUAAGCUGUCUGCUUUGGAAAAGGGCCUGAAGAAGAUUUAUUUAGCAGCCAAGAAAAGGAAUGCAACAGUACAUCUGCCACGUAUUGGGUAUGCAACAAAAGGUUUCAACUGGUAUGGUACCGAGCGGCUCAUCCGAAAAUAUUUGGCAGCACGGGGUAUCCCCACUCUUAUAUACUACUUCCCUAGGAAUAAAGGCACUUCCUCUGCUUCACCAGCAUAUUCAUCUUCAAUGACAGUCUCAAAGCCAUGAGGAUGCAGUAAUUUCACUGAGAAACAUGUGCAAAAAGGAUCUUUUCAGCAUCACACAGUCUGUAUGCAUCCAUUUCAGAAACAAGGCUUACACAGUCAUUAAUCACCACUGCAUCUCUGCCUUUAUUGGCCAGAAUGUUUACAUAUUGCCAGUGGCUCUGUAGAGGAACGAGACUGCUUCCAUUUUUACUUCAAAGAGUCUUUGGAUAAAGAUGUUGGCUGAAUCCCAGAUCUCUUUUGGAGAUGGAAAAUUAAACUUUCACUGAGGGUCAAUUGUUAUCCCUUACAUUAA